ACCUAUAAUAACUAGUUCGCGCCUGCCGUUCCCGUCGUCAUCGUGUUCCUGCUUUCACCAGAUUACGUACUUGCCCCAAGCUACUUGGACACCAUCCUGUCGCCUCCUUUCCCUCACAGCGCGCCUCUUCUCGUCGUAAAACCACAGACAUCCACCACGAACGCAAUGGCGCCCAUCACCCUUCAGCUGCCCGCCGAGUACGGCUACGUCCUUGUCGCCGCCACUUCUUCCAUCGCCGUCAACAUCAUCCACAUUAUCCUGACGUCCGGUGCCCGCAAGCGCUCCAAGAUCCCCUACCCCAACGCCUACGCCACCCCCGAGCAGGCCGCAAAGGAUCCGGCAGCCUACCAGUUCAACUGCGCCCAGCGUGCUCACGCAAACUAUACCGAGAACGUGACCCCAUUUCUUGCCUCUCUCCUCAUCUCCGGCCUCACCUACCCCACCUACGCCGCCGGACUUGGCAUCACCUGGACCACCGGCCGCAUUCUCUACGCCCUCGGCUACACCUCGAGCGCAGGCCCCAAGGGCCGCGUUAUCGGCAGCACGGUCGGAAGCUUGGCUGCCAUUGCCCUGUUUGGCCUGAGCAUUGCCUCGGCCAUCAAGUUCCUGCCCAAAUAAGUGUUUCGUAAACUUGAUGUGUUCUCAAUGAGACGGAGGACAUGGCGUUUGCGUGGGCCACCAAGACUGCAUGUCUCACAUGGACGGACCCCUUGACUCAUACAAUGCAGUCGUGUACUUGUGUUAGAUCAAUGAAAAUAAAACGUAGAACAUGAACAAGAAGCAGAUGAAGAGCGCUGUGACCAAUAAAG